AUGGCCACCCGUGCGCCGGAGCCGUCGUCGCAGGAGGAAGACGACAGCGAUCGUUGGUCUUCUUUUCGGACCGAGGUGGAGGAUGAGCAUCAGGAAGACCUGAAGCAGCUGGAUCAAUGGAUGUUCUUGUGCAUUCCAGAUGCAGAUGGAGGCGGCACGCCCAGCACGGCAAAGCACGUGGCGCGGGCGCGGGACCAGCUGGCCGAAGCCUGCUUUAGCAACAGGCCCGAUGUUGCGCGGAAGGCUCUUCGGUGCCUUCAGCGCGUCUUGGCCAACUCGACCGUGGGCGACGCUGACGUCGCGUUUGGCUUGGUCUCCCUGGCCAAGUACUUCAUGUCACAUCUCUCCGAUGAGCACAUCGAGAAUAUGCCGCAGAACUUGCGGAUGGCCAUGACUCGGUGCAUGUUCUCCAUACUGGAAGCCGUUGAGGCGGAAUGGCUCAUCGGCAAUUUGCCUUCCAUUUCCGCCAGUACACGGAAAGACAUCUACGAACUCUGUGAGAGGAUUGAGCAGUUCACCUCCCAAGCGUCAAAGCGCGACUACGUGUCCGGGUUGAGUGGCGAUGCAUCGGAUGUCUUGGCGAACCUCUGGCUGGAGACGCUGCUUCAGCUGACGCAUCGUAUGAGCCACAUGAGCAGUCGCGACGCCAUGCUUACUGCCGUCGCUCAAGGGGCAAAGGCUCUUGGCGCGACCAUUCAACUGUACCUUGGGGACUAA